CUAAUGACUAAAUGUUCACCAAUUACUGCACUUCGCCGCCAUGACUUGAGAAAUAGAAGCACUUUUGCUUCGGAGAGCGCAUGGCCCUGGCGCUUCGCCGCCGUGGCGCAGCCGCGCAGGCCGAUGCGCGGGCGCGUUGUCUGUGGGACGACAGUGAGGGCGGCGGAGCCAGGCAGCCGUUCUAUGGACGUCCUCGGCGCGAACCAUCCGUGCGGUGGAGCAAUCGCGUCCUCGGACCCACGGCGAGCUCUGACGGCCGGCGAGCGGUGGCGGUAACCGCGGCUGGGGGCGGCGGCUGGGGGCGGUCGGUGGCUUGUCCCCGAUCAGGGGUGGACGGUAUUUCAUUUACCGUCCACCCUUGGAUCGUUCCAACCGUUGGAUCGGAAACUAGCGGCAAGAUCCGAGCGGAGAAGGUCGGGCUGGUGCGACGCAUGGGCUCGAAAGCCCAUGUAGCAGCCCAUUGGUCAACGUGCAGUGACGCGUGGGGCGGCCACUGUUGUCACCUCGCCAGAGUCCCUCUCCACCGUCGGCGGCCGCGGCGGCGCGAACGGGGCCUCGUGCCCCGUCCACCAUCUGAAUUGGAACUGCUUCAACGGGGUUCCUCUCUCCGCCCUCUCUGAAUUGAAACCACGGCAGACAGCUCGCCCAGGCUCUUCAUCCCCGAUUCCCCGUCGCCGGCGCCCUCGACAUCCUGCGAGAUUCAUCCGGACGUGGAUCGAUUUCUUCUCUUGUUGAAUGCAUUAUUUGACGGAGGAUUCAAGGUGCGACUGCAGAUUAUUUCCACUCUCUGUUCUUUUUCAUGCUCCCACGUUAAAUCCGCCACCGAUUCGAACUGGUAACAAAUUAGCCUGUAUUCCAUUAAAAAAAAACAAAUCAGCCUGUGCCAGCGUAUGAUUUGAUUUCGAAAUUUGAAUCGGAUUGAGGACUGCCCGUUUUGUAUUCGGAUUUCUCUAAGAUUUGUCGACGGGUUUAAGGUGGGACUGCAGUUUAUUCCCGUCACGGAAUUGGACUGCCAAUCAAUCUUUUUAGGGAAACAAGCUCUUCUAAUCUGUUUCGAACCGGUUGAAGAUUGGUAACUAGUCCGCUUUGUAUCAGGAGUGGACCGAGAGGGACUCACGCCUACAUAAAUAAACAAAAGCUACAGAAUUACUCAUCGUGGCUUCACGCAUAAAUAAACACUAGGAGUGGACCGAGGGUCUGCUUUGUAUUUGGAGGAAUCUACUCCCGCCUUUGUAAAUAAACACAAGCUUACACAAUAAUUCUGCGCAGCACCAUAGGCUUACAAUCACACUGAAGAUUGGUUUGAUCUGUAUUUGGAGAGAGCUACUUCAGCUUCACACCAACAUACACAAGCGUUGAGAAUUAUUCCAUCUUUCAAGCUUUGUUAGUCUUGAUGGCGCCUGAUACUGGACAUACCCAUGAAGUUGAGGACGACAUGAUAAGCAAAUUAAAUGAUGAUGUUUUGCUCUCAAUCUUAGAAAAUGUCAACUUAGCAACAUCAAUGAGGGCUAGUGUACUAUCCAAACGAUGGAGAUGCCUUCCUUGGUUGCUCACACAACUCAGCAUAGAUAUCAAGGACUUCCUUCAUGAACCAUAUGCUGAUCCCAAACUGGAUGAUCACAUUGAUAAAGCAAUGUCAUCUCUGACGGAAGCAGUUAGGAUCAUGUUGGCUCCUACUCACAGAAAGUCUAUCAUCACAAGACUUUGCAUUUUGUUCUUUGUAACCAGUGGGUACUCAAGCAAAAUUGGCCAUCUUGUCAAUGAAGCUAUUGAAAAUGAAAUGGUAAAAGAUGUAGAGCUUGCAAGUGGGCUUGAGAUGAUGCCUGGCGAUAUUAGCGAUGAAGACAUGGUAAAGCAUGCAGAUAGUGUGAAUAGUUUCUUUGGCAACUAUUCUAAUAUAUACUGUUGCCUCACAAGCCUAUCCCUUUACAAUGCAAGCUUUGCUGAAUCGGAUCUACAUAAUAUCCUUGCAAAUAUGUGCACACAAUUGCAUUAUCUUUAUCUGUACCAUUGUGAUACUGGCUAUGACUCAUUAUUCAAGAUCAAUGCGCCAAACUCAAAACUCAAUGUGCUGGAAUUUUCUUACUGUUCUUUUGAUCGAGUUGAUUUGAUUUGCCUUCCAAAGUUAAAGCAACUCAUAUGUGGCUUUUGGCUAUCUCGAUAUUUACCCUUGACUUUGGGAGAUGUCCCAUGCCUCAAGGAAGUAGAAAUCUAUGCAGCAACAACUCAUCAUGAACCAUUCAAGUUAAGUGAGCUUCUAUGUGGCACAACAUGCAUAGAUUCUCUAACGUUGGAUUUCUACGGACGAAAGAUUUGGUUACAACCAGAGCAAGGUCAACUUCGCUCGGCAUUUAGAAAUUUGAGGGAAUUGCGUCUACAUGAUAUUUUUGUUGGAUUUGGCCUUAUGUGGACAACAGCCCUUCUUGAAGCUGCACCAUCCAUUGAGAUACUCAAAGUUGAGGUAUAUGACCAUCGCUGUGAGGAUGAGGAGAAAAAGAAGCAGAUUUAUGGAGAAAGAACUAAUGCACCAUGGCAAGUGUCAGACACUGCGCACCCUCAGCACCCGUCAUUGAAAGAGCUCCAACUCUUUGGUUUCAAUGCAACAGAACAGCAUAUGGCAUUUAUAGGAGCCAUAAUGGAGCGAGCAUCUAACUUACAGAUAGUUCUUCUGAAGGAACAAUACUGUGAUUACUGCAAUGCAAUCAGUACUACUUUUGGCGAAUGUGGAUUUCCGAAGAACGAGGGGGAACAAGAGUUGGUAGUUGAUAAUAUAAGGAACCGGUUCUCCUUCCGUGCCCAAAUAAUUUUUAGUGGACACAAACUUUGCAGUGAUUGAGGGUGUUCUAUUACACUAGUCAGCUCGCGGGAGGUGCCUACUGGAAUAAAAAAUUUUGGUGGGAAGGUAUGGUGUACCCGUACUUUUCCGCCCACCUAGAUGGAGUCAUUUUUCUCUCAAGUUUAGUGUGGUUGUCUUCAAAAAUGAGAAAAUGCCUAAGAACUACUCCAUAGCCCUAAGUUUGAUUUCUGGUUUCCUUAUUUGAUAUAAUAACAUGCUACAAUUCUUAUCCAUGAUUCUUCAACGGGUACAUUUUAUAGAGCUA